AUGUCUGCAUUUGGGGGGUUCGACUUUGGCGCCGCUGUGCGCGCGUAUUGCAAUGAUGUCAUGGAAGCCAACGCUCCCCAAGUCGGCUUGCUCAGGACUUUCGUAAGAGCCGUCUCAUCCUCGCAGGCUCCAAUGGAACGUGAAAUCAGUACGGCGUCGAGCACCGAAGAAGACUACCAGGAGAUCUACGAAGCAGCUAUACACGAUCGCCUUCGGGAUGGACUUGAGACACUUGCUGAACGGAAGAAACCCAAACGCCACCACAGAUACCUGCAUGUCAAGCAACAGGACCCCGAGCUGACGACAAUCGCAACGAGAAUAUCGAAUGAUAUGAGAAUCGCACCAAAAUCUCUCGCUGAUAUCGUCCCUCCAGAGACCCUGAAAAUGAGGAAUUCGAUUUUCGAUUCUUGGGCCUCGACCUUCGUUCAGAUGGUCAGAGAAGAUGGCAUCAAGCGAAGCAACAUUGGAGUUUGCUUCAAAUCACUCACUGUCUGCGGCACAGGGUCCAGUCUAGCUCUGCAACCAACUGCCGCAAGUCCAUGGCUUGAUCUUGCCCGACUUCUGAUGUUUGUGACCAGAUGCAAACCAGAGCCCAGGGUCAAUCAGAGCAUCUUUGACGUCUUUAACAAGGUGAUGGUUCUACAAACUCCGGAUUUCCUCACCUCCAUCACUAGUCCGUGGGAACGCCAACCUCGUCCUAAAUAUGCAGACACAAUUCCUAGGACUCCCAUCGAAUUCGAACAAUACUGGCUGAAGUCGGAGGAUUACCAUGCCUGCACGGCAGAGAUCACUCGGUGUCAAGAGAAUGCCAAAGAAAAUGGUCGCCUCGAAGCAUUGCGGGCCACACAUCACGCUGCACAGGCACAUCACACCCGAGCCAAGUCCCCCUUUCUCCUUUCUGUCUGGAUGCAGAUCCGUUUACGCAUGAAAAGAUCAUCUCAGUUGCUAUGGAACGACAGGAACUCCACCGUGACUCUUGCAAUGAGGCGGAUUAUCCUUGCUUUGAUCGUUGGUAGCAUCUAUUUUAACCCACCAGACACUACAGCGAGCUUGCAUUCCAGAGGUGUUGUGAUAUUUCUUGCCACCUUGCUGAACGCACUGAUGGCCAUUACUGAGAUCGCCGCACUGUUCGCCAAAAGUGGGAUUGUGCGGAAGCAGAACAGCUUCGCAUUCUACCACCCGUUCGCAGGUGGAUUUGGGGCUUUCAUUGUCAACAUUCCCGUCAAGUUCGUCAUCUCGAUCUUAUUCGAUGUUAUUUACUAUUUCUUAUCCAGACUGAGACCCGACACUUCAAGCUUCUUCACUUUCCCACUAUUCAACUUCGUUGGUAUCCUGGUCAUGUCAACCAUGUUCCGCAGCAUUGGCGCCUCCUCAAAGCAGCUUCCACAAGCAUAUGCCAUUUCGGGGAUUACAGUUCUCAUGAUGGUCAUUUACACUGGUUUCAUACUUCAAACUGCCUAUAUACACCCUUGA